GGAGGUAUAGAGUUUUGGGGGAGUGCAUAUAAUCAACAUAUUAUCGAAGGUGCUUAGAUAUUGAUCCUGUAUUUCGAGGUAGUUCAAAUUCACAUCUCUUGGACCUUCCGGCAUCACCUUAAAAUUAUUUCCCCCCGCGCCUUGUGGAGAAUAAUUCACGCGUAAAAAUGCCGAAGAGAAAGAAUGAUGGUCUCGAGGGCAAGGAUGCCUCCAAAGUCACAAAACAAGAGCCCAGCAGAAGGUCGGCUAGACUGAAAGUUGUCCCACCCAAGCCUGAGCCCAAGCCCAAGAAGGCCAUCGUCAAGAAGGUGGUAGAGGAGAAGGUGGUCAAGGCAAAGAAAACCACCAAGGGAAAGAAGGACGACAGCCCCGCCCAUAAUGGAGAGACCAAGACCAAUGAGAUCUAUGUGUCUCGUCCGUCUGUCAGCGUCUCGUCCAUCAGAAGCACGGCUCCCUCCUUGAUGUCAGUGAGAGGGCAGAGUGAGACAGUCAGAGUUAAGGGAAACUGAAGCGGCAGAGGAGGCUAAUGAGGAGAAGGCGUAAAGACAUGGACGCGUCCACCGACCCGUCCCCUCUGACUCCAUGGCAGCAAAGCAUCUUUUUUUACUGACGAUUUUUGUACCAUGCAGACAUUUUUUUUAGACUUGUGAUAGUAGAGACGGACAACCAGCAGCCCCCCGUCCCCCACAUGUUCACACUCCUUUUUCAGCUCCUCCAACUACAGUAUGUUUUUGCUCGAUUCUCCUCCCUCCGUUCCGUAUAUCGCUAAACAGUUUUCCUCUCAGAAACUUGCAGACCGAAUGAAAUGGCUUUGUCCGACGUCUGGGUAUGUUCUCCAUUGUGCCUGAAGGUGGGCCGUAAACGCGACUGUUAUGAUCUUUAAACAAGCUCUGUCUGUAUUUGUAGUUUUUCUACUCUACAAUAGAUUAUCAUUUAAUUUGGGAUAAAUUCGGAAGAUGCCCCCUGAUAUGUAAAGGUGAGGAUUAGGGGAUUAGUUUGUUGGCAGAGCUUUAGAAACAAGGUCCAUAGUCACCGUGGAGAACAUCUGCAGCUUUUAUUUUUCUUAAGAAUCACCACCACUGUGUUUCACAUAGCUCCUUUUGUAUGUGUGUGCCGGCGUGAAUGUGUCUGUGGGUCUCUGUGUUUGACUUUGUUCACUUUGCCCCCCCACCCCGGAACGCCUUGUCCCGCAGCAGAGUGACAUAGCAAUAAUGAGUGGUGCUUCUGUUCUAGACGGCUUUAUUGGCUUUGGACCCUCUAGUUUCAACCUGUUGGGAAAAUAUUUUGAAAUUAAAGAAAAAGUUGAUGUCUCA